AUGUUAGAUAAUUUGGAGUACAAGAGUUUGUUCAUAAUCCUCGUUAGCUCCUCCUUUUGGAAGAAAAAAAAUAUAUUGUCAUUAAAGAUCGUACAGCAUUCUAACAGAACUAAGGAAAGACAACAUCAGGGAAUGAUCAUGAUAUAUCAAAGAAUGACAGUCCUGUGUUUUUUGAUCAUGUUGGCCAUUGCUGGUGAAUGUAAGGCAAUGGUGGCAUUUCCCUGGGGUUGUACAAACUACAGUGGUGUGUGCCGUCCAGUGUGUCUGCUCACAGAACUACCUUUUGGACCUUUUGGUUGCUCAAAAGGAUUUGUGUAAGUUUAAUCUUCAUCUGUGUUUUAUUUACUACUAACUAAUCAACAUUGCUGUAUUGCUGAAUUUCCCCAAUUCUUUAAUCAUUUAAACUGUUCCUUUAUUUUUUAUUUCAGUUGCUGUGUCUCUCACAUUAUUCUGUGAGGAAUCAUCACAUUACCUGUCAGUGUGCAUCUGUAUCAAUCAUCUUUUUCAUUUGAAACUGUUCAGUAUUUCACAGUAUUAUAACACAUCUUCAUACUUUAGUCAGUGAUUUAUUGUUUCUAUCAAAACACACAAACCAAAUAUGCCUGAAUACAUAUGCAAUCUGAAUUUUUAUUUAUUUUUUUAUCUGAAAAUGUGUGUUGUGCACUUUUUGGACAUGUUUGGAAGAGUUCAACUUGUAUUGGCAUGUAUUGACAACAUUUCUACAUUUCAACAGUAGUGUAUUU